AAUUAUUUUACUCCGGCUAGGGCGCUUUGAAAGCAGCCCGCCCCUUACAAAGGGAUCAGCUACAAUUCAUCAUCAUCAGCAGCAGCAGCGAAACCUCAGCGGAAACAAACCCGUUAGCAUCAAGAUCUCGUUGAAAUGGCAAGCUCCAACAACGACGGGCGCACCAUAGAACACUACCUCAGCACCGACUUGGAACGGCUGCGUUUGACUGAUCGUGCCACGUCGGAGGGCCUUCAAGCUAGGGACAACGCCGAGGCACACGUCGAGCUGUGUGGCCACGUCAACGACGAGCCGUCGACUUCCGAAGCCCGUGGCCACCGUGACAUCUUUCGGCCGAUCGGCCAGCACUACACCUUGCCCCCCUGCCCACCGUCGUCGCCGCAGCUCUGCCGUAGGCACAGAGCGCGGCUGCUGCGUCGCAAAAUGAGGUUCCAGCCGUUCGAGGAACGCCCCCGCUUGAUUCGGAAUCUUGUGACCCAGCGGUCCUUCUGGAUGCCGCCGAAAAUCAGGCAGGCUCUCCAGGACAUCCUGGACACGCAAGAGCUGGAGGAAGAUCCUUCAGCUCUUAACAGCCGCAGGCCUGAAUCAGCUCCUGCCUCGGGCAUCGCAACAGAGUAGAAUUCUCUCUAAUGCAGAGGCCUUCUCUCUAACGCACAGCAGUACCAAAGACAACCCCAGAUCUGUAUUUUUCAAUAAAAUACAUAUUUCCCACACUUUUUUGCAUUUGGUGUGUUCUUCUUUCUGGGGU